AUGGGGACCGUGCCCCUGGAUGGUGAUGAUGAUGAUGAUGAUGAUGAUGGUGAUGAUGGCACUGAGCCGUGGCCGUCCGAGGGACUAGGGGAGGCGGGAGGAGCGGCGGGAGGAGGAGCAGAUGCCGUGAGGAACGGAACGGAACGGGCAGCAGCAGGUGCGCAAGGUGAAGCAGCAGCAGGAGGGGGCGCAGCAGCAGCCGAUGGGGUGGCGGCAGCAGCAGCAGCAGCGGGGGAAGGCGGGGAGGAGGACGAUGGGGAGUGGCGGCCUAUUCGGCUGCGGAACAUGCGGGUGAAGCGGCAGAACAAGCUGGACGUGCACACCAAGCGCGAGAUGUGUGUGCUCAAACGCGAACGCCCAGGGCUCACCCACACCAACAUUGUGCAGCUGCUGCAGGUGCGUGCGGUGAGAGUGGUGCAUGUGGUGAGAGUGGUGCAUGUGGUGAGAGUGGCGCAUGGUUUAGGGGUUGAGGACACACAUGCACCACCCUCUCCACCUGUUGGAGUGGUGCAUGUGGUGAGAGUGGUGCAAGUGGGUCCUCAACCCCUCUCCUCAACCCCUCCCCCCCCCCCAACCACUCUUCCCAAACCCCCUCCGUGGCAGAUUCGCUUCCCCGGGCUGCGAAUGGAGCCGUCCCACGUGACCAAGAUUCUCAAGGAUGAGAGCCGCUGGUUUGACGACCGCAACGUCAAGUUUGUGAAGGGCAUGCGCGUGCGAAUGCCCGAGUGCUUCGCACUGGAGGAGGCCCUCGCCGCGUGGUACAAGGAGGAGCGCCUGCACGGCCGCAUACCGCUGGCUAGAAUCUCCGAGAAGGCCCGGGAGCUUGGGCCUCAGUAUAGCGCCCCGGCGGAUUUCAAGUGA